CUGGAGCUGUCUUUAUUAACGCAUCGCUGGACCUGCUGUCAAUACGUCUAAAUCAUAGUGUUACCUAUUACUGCAAAGCAUGGGUGGAUUUACCUAAACUUGGACUCGCUGUAUAUGGAAAUGGGACGCAUGUAUAUUGCCUAAUUCUCCAACUCCCACACCUGUGACUGUGACAGCAAACCCCUAUAAUAAGGGCACAGUUAUGUGGUCAUUGGGAUUGGGUUGUGUCUUGCUAAUCAUCAGCAUUGCCUGUGUUAUUCACAUGCAUAUUAAAGGACACUGGAUAAAACCUAAAGCAAAAGAAGUCAUGGUUGACGCUACCCAUGGAUCACCCUGCCCUGAAACUCAGGAAACUGUUGUUUAUGCAGCAUUAAACAUUCCUCGGGACAGUGUGAAAUCAAGAAAUGAGAACAGUGCAGCUCUGGCAGUCUCUUCAGUGACCUGCACAGAGGACUCAGUGACAUACUCUGAGGUCCAGAUAAAGAAAGGACCAAAGGAUGCAGGUUGAGCACUGUAAUCUCUUUCGCCUUGGAUAUGGGACAGGGUGUUUUAAUGGGACUUUAAGCUUCUGGUCCUGUUUGAUUUUGUCAAGGUAUUGCUGUAAAUACUAUAAAAUGUUGAUAUAGUUUUCAAUGUUUUUCUUCAUGCAAUACUCAUGAAGGCUUAAUUAUUAAGUGCUGUUGUUAAGGCUCACAUUUGAGUCUGUUUUAAGCCGUAUUGUGCUCAAGGUAAAUGUCUAUAUUUAAGAUGCAAUUAUACAAACAUCUGAUAAAA